AUGCCGUCCAAGGUAGACAUUAAUACAACUGUUUCCGUUUCUUUAUCUGGACCAAGAUUUAUCUUUUCCUUUCGUUCUUUCUUUCUUUCUUCAUUUCUUUAUUUCUCUUUCUUUAUUUCUCUUUAUUUAUUUCCCUCCCUAUCUUUCUCUCUUUCUCAACAUAUGUCACUAUUUUUUUUCUUUCUUGCUUGCUUUUUUCUUUUCUAUCUCUCUCAUUUUACUAGUUCUUUUUCUCUUUCCCUUUCCCUCUUCUCUUUCUCUCUUUCACUCCUCCUCUCUUUCACUCCUCCUCUCUUUCACUCCUCCUCUCGUUCACUCCUCCUCUUUUUCACUCCUCCUCUCUUUCACUCCGCCUCUCUUUCACUCUUUCUCACUUUGACUCUUUCUCUUCAGAGAUUUUUUUUAAACUUUUUACAUCACCUCUCUUUUUUCUAUCAUAAUCUUUGCAUUUUUCUCUCGCAUUUCUUUUUCUUUUUCCUUUUCUCCUAUCACUCCUCUCGCACAUACUGUUUCCCCCCACCCUCUGUGUUGUUUUCUUCUUUCUUUAUCUUUCCUUCUCUUUCCUUCCAGCUUACCAUUUCCCUACGGCCAAAAUCAGACAUCCAAAUAUUUUUGGCAACUAUCGUUGUCUCGUAUAAGAAUAUCUGGACAAGCCAAAUAAAUAUUGUCCACUGGCGCCGGUGGGGAAAUAUCAGCUGA